GAACAAACAUGUGAUAUCAAUUUCAAAGGACUACUUUACAAAAUUCUGAACUGCGAUCAUUGUGCUUUGUUCCUUAUUUUCAGCAAGAGGGAUGUCAAGUUUAUGAACGCUUGUAACAAUACCAGACGUCUGUGUGAAUAGUACACGGGGUAUUGUCUCAUUUCUUGAUUUUUUUCAUGUAGUUUACUGUCAUCGCGGUUGCUGAAACGUUGCAGCAAUAAAAUAGGGCUGCUGUUGCUGAGGCUCAGCGGCUGGCUGUACAUAGGCUAGACUAGAGCCAUAGCGCUACAACAUCCGGGCAUUCCUCAGCCUGCGCAGAAACGGAAUGGCGGAGCUGGUUCGAUGGGCUCUGGAGAUCACAGACGCAGCCUAGUGGAGAUCCUGAGGCAGGGCUAUGAGGGGCCGGAGGAGGAGUCCAGGGCCCUAGUGGAACUGGAGAAGAGUCUAGCGGCCGCAAUGAGGAUGGCUGCACGCCCCCACACUGGCAGUGAGAUGCCCCUGGAGGAGCUGCUGGCGCUGUAUGGCUACGAGGUGUCUGACCCCCUCCUACAGCAGGACAGGGAGCCCAAUGAGCUGUCAGCCAGUCUGCCUGACAUGACACUGGACAAGGACCAGAUAGCUAAGGAUCUGUUCUCAGGAGAAGAUGAAGAGGAGUCAUCAGCUGAUGACCUCACUCCCUCUGUCACCUCCCAUGCCUCCGACCUCCUCCGCCGCCACCUAAGAGCCCAUUCCCUGGCAAGUGGAGACAAAGGCACCUUAGUCAGCACCUCAGAAGAAGAUUCAGACAAUGAUGACGACACCUCUAUUCCCUCCAACGAUGGACGCAAGGACAUCAUGGUGGGCUCAAUGUACCAAGCCAAAAUCCCUACUCUCAGCCUAUACUCAGACCAGGAGAGAGUCUAUGAGAAUGAGGACCAGCUCCUGUGGACCCCAGACAUGCUGUCAGGCCAGGCUGUAGAGGAGUUCUUACUGAGUGCCCAGAGAUGGGGAGGCCAGGAGGGCACUAAAGACACCCUUAUCACUGGGGACAUAAUCAAAGACAAUGAUCAGGUUCUGUAUGAGCUGGUGAAAUGCAGCUUCAAUGCAGAGGAGGCACUGAGAAGACUGCGCUUUAAUGUGAAAGUAUUCAGCGAGGAGCUGUGUGCCUGGAGCGAGGAGGAGUGUCGAAACUUUGAACAUGGCUAUCGAGUUCAUGGGAAGAACUUCCACCUCAUUCAGGCCAAUAAGGUACGCACACGGUCGGUGGGGGAGUGUGUGGAGUAUUACUACAUGUGGAAGAAGUCGGACCGCCAUGAGUACUUUACCCAGCAGACCACCAAGCUGGGUCGCAAGAAGUACAGUCUGCAGUCAGGGAACAUGGAGGAUGGUGAGCAGGAUGGAGAGCAGGAUGGAGAGGUUGGGGAGAUGGAGGGGUGCUCCCAGAUUGAGCCCCACUCACCCCCACCAGUCAUGGACCUGGACAAGCAAGAUGCUGAAUUGCGGAUGGAGGUUUUGGAGCUGUGUGGUGCUCCUUGUCCCAGCCCAAGUCCACAGAGGGAGCAGCUGUUCAGCCACUUAUCUCCACUCCCCUCUCUGAAGGACCUGCAGCAGGAGCCUUCUCUGAACUGUCCUAGCCCGGUCCGCUGUCCCACCUCUCCCCCUGCCCAGCUCCACCCCUCCCCCCGGCCCAGCGGCAGCCCCACAUCCUCCCCAGCAGAGCCUCAUCUCCUGGGUUCUGGCUUCUACCAGCUGCAGCUGGGGCCCUUCCUUCCAGACGGCCUGUCCAUGGGGCCAGAGGGUGGGGCCUCUCAGAGGCUGCAGGUGGACUUCUCCCUGCCCUCCGUCCCCCAGCCCACACCCUUGUCUGCCAUUGCCCCAUCCUCCUCCGUCACUUCUGACUUUGGGGCCAUCAGCAGUUACCUGUGUCCCUCGGCCCUGUGCCCCCCUCCCGUCCAGCACUCCCGCUCUCUCACCCAGUGAGGGGAGAAAGAAGGGUGUCUUUACCCUGGAGAACAUUCCAAUAAUGCCUGGGUCGUUUGUACUUCUGAGUACUGCCAGUUGAAGCUAACUUGGACCAGAGCUCACCCAUGUGAUGGUGUGAAGCUCCCCAGGAGAGAAACUGUAUUUUUGCGCAGGAGAUAGGCCUACCUGUAUCAGAGUGUUUACUAGGGGACUCCCAUUGCUCACAAGCACAAUGGCUUACCUACCUGUCUAUUCUGGAAGAGCAGGAGUUCUACAGAGACGUUCCCAGUUCUUAGACAAUUCUUAGAUAUAAUGUUGGGACUGGAAAAGCUGGUGGGCUCAUUGAUGGCUCCAAGGCCAAAACAGUUAGCCUGAUGUUUGUUGCAGUGGCCUCGUUCAGAGCAGAACUAGAGACUGUGAUUUAACCUCCCUCACUGAUUUCCCAUUGUUUACUGGGAACAGUGAGCAGCAGACAGGCAUGACCUGGAAUCCUUGAUGCUGUAUUAUAGCAGAUGUCCACAAGAGAUGUUCUCCCUCUCUAUCAGUUCUGAUAAGGCUGUUUUUAGAAGCAGGGUUCAGUCUGCACUUGUAUGACUUAUCACCACUCUGACUGUGGAUCUCUUAGGUAGGAUCUGCCUCCCUGGUUCACUGUGAGAGAUUCCACAUCUACAACUGAAACUGAAGGUUUUGUAUACAGUACGUUUAAGAGGAAAGAUCUGUAUAGGAAUACCAUGAAACUAUGCUUUUGAGAUUGUCACAAUGUUUUUAUUUUGUUGUUAUUUGUUCCCAGUUGUUCAUGUAUUCAUUGGCAGGUUUGCAAUAAGGAACCUGAGUUUGUGAUGGGAGUCCUUGUGUUCUCUCUUUCCAGUUUAUGUUUGUCUUGUACAGUACCAAACUCCCACAAUUGCCUGACAACCACGGUAGGCACAUUAGCCUGUGUUUUGCGCAUUAUUGUACAUGCUACUGUAGGUAAGUCACUGAAUACACAGGUACUGUAGCCUCUGGCUUCUUCCCUGUAUCUCAACUCCAGUUUUUGUGUGAUUUAAGGUUUGAAUAUUGCCCUGAACCACCCAUCCGACCUUGUGGAUAACAGUCAUUGAAAAAGCCCAACGGCAUUGAAGGACAUCGACCCAAAAGGGGUGUGUUCAGAAGGGUGAAACAUUAUGAACGUUGCAGAUGGAGAAUGUGAUAUACAGAGCUAACACGCUUGCUUAUUCCGUACCGUUGCACCCUCCUGAACAGACGCCAUUUUUCACAGGUACUGUAUUCUGCCACUAGAGGACCUUGGCUGUCGCUUAGUCCGAAGAGAGCCUGCCUGCCUGCUUUGUUCCCCCUGCUCAGGGGGAGAGAAUCUGUCCCCUGUGCUCUCUGUCCCGACGGCAGGAAAACUCAAUUUAUUUAUUCCCCAUUUUCUAUUUUUAUAGGUGGGGUUUUCCCUCUACUCCCUGCUCUGACCUGAGCUGUUCUAGAUCUAUUUGUUUUUGUUCAACCGUUUACAGGAGGUUCUGGACGUUGACUAUCGGGACAGGAAGGGGAGUAGAAACACUGCCUUUUGUUUAUUCUUUUUUAGCAUUUAUAUCAUACUGCUUCUGUUUAUAUUGGUUUGUAAUUAUAAUUAUUAUAUUUUGUUUAAAAAAAAAGUACAAACAAAAUAUAUUAAACAUUUUGACAAUUAAUGAAAGUCAUUGCACGCAUACACACACCAGUACUUGAAUCUUAGUCUUGUGUGCAAAUCUGUUGAAAAAUACUUUAGUACUUCAAUUAAAUUUCCAACAACAUUGUAUCCACAUGAAUCUCUUGUGGACAGACUAUGUAUCUGACCAAAUUAUGCAAGAGUUUAAUUCUGGGCUAACCAAGAUUGUACCAAAAUGUUUUUACAUAUCCUGUGAUUGGGUGGUGCCAGUAUAGUAGCUGAAUAACCCACACUGUGGAGAUCUGUAGUGAUUAAGAAACUUGGUUAACCCGAAACUCACACUGAAUAACCCAGUAGCUGAAUAACACAUACCCAAACAAAUCUCCACAGUACUCAUGUACUGGCCUUACACUAUACCUACAAUAUAACCAGGCUUCAAAUUCAACUGGAUAUUCUGUACAUUUCUGCAUUACAUUAUUUUGAAUCAGGGUCUGGUUUAUUUGAACUGAUGCAACAGAGAGCAAGAAAUUACAGGCUUACUUCCUCAAAGGUAAACUCAUUCAUUAUUUUUAAUUCCUUGGAAAGUGACUGACAGGUGAACACUAGCAAGAAGCGAUAACCAUUCAUUAGGAAAUGUGGGAGGGAUAUGGCAUCCACUAAUUCCCAUACAUUGUUUUUCUAAUGUGAGCUGUGAUCUGUGAUCCACAAUUUGAUAAACAAGAUAGUGAGCUUGGUAUGUGUAGCCUAUUGGCCCACUGUAUGAGAGGCUACUACAGGAUAUUGUCAUAGCUGGGGGUGGGUGGGGGGGCAGCGAACAGGAUGAGUUAGUAAGGUUCUUGGGACUGUCACACAUCUCUACACACAGCUCUGUGUCGUGUGACUCCGAGUACACCAUGCGUGGUAGCGGACCCCUUUCUAAUGAGGCGUGUUGAGAUUUUGUUUACACAGGCAAGACAAGCUUCUUAUAACCCAUAUCUCACGCCAAUGAGAGGGUUCAGAUAGGCAGACUCGGGGUGCUGGAGGUAUAGGGAUUCACCUUAACUCAGGCUGGACGACAGGAGUGGCACUAGUGGCUCUUCUUGUAGGGCUUCAUAUUUGUACUGCUUCAGUUGAGAAUUUGUCUUACUUUUCAGAGUAAUGGGUCUACAGGCAUUGGAAUAUGAAACAAGUCUUGCUUCUCUUAAAAAGACUAGCUAUUUAAGAGCCCUUGAUGGACUAGGUGUUGUGAAAUUGGCAUGCUGCUACCUCGACAGGGUUUCUUUCUUAUCAGAGUGUAGGCUAGACCCUCAAUAACCUAAAGUAGGCUAGGUUACAGCAGUCUGUUUCAUGGACUCAUGGACAGAGCCAUGGAUACAAGGAUUGACCAUUAAAUACAAAUGAUAGUUUUAACCAUGUUUUGAGGCAAUACAAACAAACACGUUUAUAUUUUGGGCUCUGAUGAAGCAUCUGGUAUAUAUAUUCAAGAAUCAAUGGGUAUAUAUAUUAAUGUACUGUAGCAACUGCAGAUUUCCCCUUUAAAUGAAUUCAGGACCUUAAUUCAGAGCUUGGUUGUGGAGGAAUGCAAUUGUUUUGGAUUGUUUUAUUUUCAUUGUGUUUUUUAAAAUAAUUUUGUAAUGUAUUGCUUUUUUGUGUUUUAUGUUUCCACAUGUUGUUUCUUGAUUUUGUGUUGUCUUUCAGGAUAUACAGUGAGGGGGAAAGUAUUUGAUCCCCUGUUGAUUUUGUACGUUUGCACACUGACAAAGAAAUGAUCGGUCUAUAAUUUUAAUGGUAGGUUUAUUUGAACAGUGAGACACAGAAUAACAAAAAAGAAAAUCAAGUGUUAUAAAUUGAUUUGCAUUUUAAUGAAGGAAAUAACUAUUUGACCCCUCUGCAAAACAUGACUUAGUACUUGGUGGCAAAACCCUUGUUGGCAAUCACAGAGGUCAGACGUUUCUUGUAGUUGGCCACCAGGUUUGCACACAUCUCAGGAGGGAUUUUGUCCCACUCCUCUUUGCAGAUCUUCUCCAAGUCAUUACGGUUUCGAGGCUGACGUUUUGCAACUCGAACCUUCAGCUCCCUCCACAGAUUUUCUAUGGGAUUAAGGUCUGGAGACUGGCUUGGCCACUCCAGGACCUUAAUGUGCUUCUUCUUGAGCCACUCCUUUGUUGCCUUGGUCGUGUGUUUUGGGUCAUUGUCAUGCUGGAAUACCCAUCCACGACCCAUUUUCAAUACCCUGGCUGAGGGAAGGAGGUUCUCACCCAAGAUUUGACGGUACAUGGCCCCGUCCAUCGUCCCUUUGAUGCGGUAAAGUUGUCCUGAACCCUUAGCAGAAAAACACCCCCAAAGCAUGUUUCCACCUCCAUGUUUGACGGUGGGGAUGGUGUUCUUGGGGUCAUAUGCAGCAUUCCUCCUCCUCCAAACACGGCGAGUUGAGUUGAUGCCAAAGAGCUCCAUUUUGGUCUCAUCUGACCACAACACUUUCACCCAGUUGUCCUCUGAAUCUUUCAGAUGUUCAUUGGCAAACUUCAGAUGGGCAUGUAUAUGUGCAUUCUUGAGCAAUGGGACCUUGUGGGCGCUGCAGGAUUUCAGUCCUUCAAGGCGUAGUGUGUUACCAAUUGUUUUCUUGGUGACUAUGGUCACAGCUGCCUUGAGAUCAUUGACAAGAUCCUUCCGCGUAGUUCUGGGCUGAUUCCUCACCGUUCUCAUGAUCAUUGCAACUCCACGAGGUGAGAUCUUGCAUGUAGUCCCAGGCUGAGGGAGAUUGACAGUUCUUUUGUUUUUCUUCCAUUUGCGAAUAAUCGCACCAACUGUUGUCAGCUGCUUGGCAAUGGUCUUGUAGCCCAUUCCAGCCUUGUGUAGGUCUACAAUCUUGUCCCUGACAUCCUUGGAGAGCUCUUUGGUCUUGGCCAUGGUGGAGAGUUUGGAAUCUGAUUGACUGAUUGCUUCUGUGGACAGGUGUCUUUUAUACAGGUAACAAACUGAGAUUAGGAGCACUCCCUUUAAGAGUGUGCUCCUAAUCUCAGCUCGUUACCUGUAUAAAAGACACCUGGGAGCCAGAAAUCUUUCUGAUUGAGAGGGGGUCAAAUACUUAUUUCCCCUCAUUAAAAUGCAAAUCAAUUUAUAACAUUUUUGACAUGCGUUUUUCUGGAUUUUGUUGUUGUUAUUCUGUCUCUCACUGUUCAAAUAAACCUACCAUUAAAAUUAUAGACUGAUCAUUUCUUUGUAAGUGGGCAAACGUACAAAAUCAGCAGGGGAUCAAAUACUUUUCUCCCUCACUGUAGGUCUCAUUUGAUGGCGCUGAUAGACAUGGCCGCUCUGUUUCUGGCUCCUAAGCAACUUUGUUACAAGCAUUACGCUACACCCACAAUAACAUUGUUAAUUUUGUGUAUGCCGACUAAUAAAAUUUUAUUUGGAAAAGAGA